AUGGGCAAUGAGCUCACCUCAGCACCGGAGAGCAAAUGGAGCGCCUGGCCGCAUCCUCGGGCAUCCUUACAGCGCAGCACACGUCUCGAGGUUCAUGAUGACUGCCCGAACCUCCCCUCCACAUCCACUUCCACGCUUCACCAUCGCGCAACCUUACGCAACACCAUCACUUCCGACCACUCACCUCUCGCCGUCGUCCCCAACUUUCUGCCGUCAUCCUCUCCGAGUCCCGUAGGGCCACCUUUGACACACAACCACUCCUCAAGCAGGCCACACUCGCUCACUCGCUCGCUCACCCAGAACCGGACGCUUCGUCGCAUCCCUGCCCGCCGCCCUCAUCAUCGCCUCUUCGCCCAUCCACCACCCACCAGAACCCCAAAAGCUGACAGCGCAUUGCCUUCUUUCCAGUCCUGCUUCUACAGCCUCACCAAAGCCAACGAGCCACCACCUGGAUCCUUGACCCAGGCUGGUGAUCGUCCACGCCAGUUGGAGCCGGAUCGAAACUCUCGACGACCCAAGCAGCCAAGCACCCGAAUCGAACAGAAUAGAACAGCUCGUCUUCUUUUAUCUUUAUUUUAUUUCCCUUUACCCCACUGCUUCUGCAGCCUUCUUCUCUCUUGGUGCUGCUGCAUUGUGUCGACUCCUUUCCCUUCCAAGGACCUUACCAGAGCCUGCGCCGUACUUGCGCCGUACUGUACGACCUGCCUUGCUGCAGAACGGCCUGAUCUUCGAACCCCGCGAGUCGGAAAAUUCCAGACGAGGGCAUCCCCACGGCACCCGACGCCCACGAUCAACAUUUCACUCCCAUCCGCCACGAUACCAAUCACUGCUGUCGCCUUCGACCUUGCCUCACUUCACCUCUUCUCUCCUCCACCCCCUCCCCCUCCUUCUCAUCCACUUUUUUCUCUCUCCCGGUUCAGCGUCCUUAGCUUUAAGGACCGCCUACUCCCGCCAAGGUGGCUUCCAGUCAGCCUCUUCUGGCAUCUUCUGGUCUAUCUCGACAAGUCCAUCGCCAGCCUAGCCAAAGCUAUCGCCAACUACUCCGGAUACAUCUCCGACACCACCGGCAUCGAUCCGAACCUCAUCCUCUACUCCACCAUUGGCUGCAUCCUUCUCGCAGUCCCCUUCACCAUGUCUCGAUACGGCUGGUCGACAAAUCGGGAACAAAUAUCCCCUUACGGCUCCACCCUCAGCGGUGUUCCCGACGUUACGGACGAAGACUUUAGCUACAUCACUACAGAGGACCUGCAGUCAACCUCUCUUGGUAGCUCUGUCCCGACGAGAUCUUACGCCCACAACCCCCGAUCCCGAGGCAGCGUCCCCGACGACGACAUUCUCCUCAUCAAGAACAAGGGCAUCACCUACCCCGCCCACUUCCCCGCGUAUGCCAUUGGCGACGGCAAGCUGCGCGUCCGCGAUGUUCGGGACCGAGUAAGCGUCCUGCUGGAGCUGUCCGAGAGACGUGGACGCCGCGUCAAGCUUCUCUACAAGGGCCGCCAGCUCAAGGAGCCCGCUGCGCCCGUCCGGGAUUACGGUGUCAAGAACAACAGCGAAGUCAUGGUGGUGCUGCCCGAGGGCGAGGUGGACGCUGAGAGCAGCGACGACUCGGACGAGGAAAUGGUAGUUGUAGGUGGCGAUGGCGGCAGCGCUGUGGGCAGCAACGGCGGCACCGAUGACGGCAAGAAGCGCCGUGGCAAGAAGAAGGGUCGCAAGUCCAAGAAGCGAAGCAGCAACACCAGCCCGCGGGAUAGCGCAUCAAAUCUCGGCGUCCCGGGUCAGGAGAGACAAAGCUCGCCCUCCCCCAGCAAAGCCCACGGGCCUCACGCCAAGCUCGAUGCCAUUGCAGCAAAAUUCGAGGCGGAUCUUCGCCAGCCUUGUGAGGACUACAUCGCCUCGCCCCCGACAGACCCCAAGAAGAGAGAGGAGGAGCAUCGCAAGCUGUCUGAGACGACGAUGCAACAUGUGCUUCUGAAGCUUGAUGAGGUCGAGACGGAAGGCGACCAGGACGCCAGAAUGAAGAGAAAAGCCUUGGUCCAAACCGUUCAGGAUGUCCUGAAGCGCCUUGACGCGAGGCUCAAGGCAUAA